UGCCGUUCGGUGCAUUGGUUCCGCCGCGGUUUGCGUCUGCACGACAACCCGGCUUUGCAGGAAGCGCUGCGAGACGCCACUUCUCUUCGUUGCAUCUAUAUCCUGGACCCUUGGUUCGCUGCUUCUUCUGCUGUGGGGAUCAACCGCUGGCGAUUUCUGCUCCAGUCCUUGGAAGAUCUGGACAACAGUUUAAGGAAACUCAACUCUCGAUUGUUUGUUGUACGAGGGCAGCCAACAGAUGUCUUCCCAAGGCUCUUUAAAGAAUGGGGAGUCACUCGUCUCACCUUUGAAUACGACUCAGAGCCGUUUGGUAAGGAGAGAGACGCAGCUAUCAUCAAACUGGCCAAGGAGGCUGGUGUGGAGGUGGUGAUAGAGAACUCCCACACCCUCUAUGACCUGGACAG